UUUUCAUUUCCUCAUGAGAAGAAGAAGCACUACAUAAAAGAAAGUCAGACACAGCACAUUGAGCCUUUGCCAUGGGGAACUGGGCUGUGAAUGAGGGACUGUCCAUCUUUGUCAUCUUAAUGUGGUUGGGGGUGAAUGCCUUCCUCUUUGUCUGGUACUAUAAGUAUUAUGAUGAAAGAGAUGAGUACAUAUACACCCGAAAACUCCUUGGGUCAGCACUGGCUCUGGCCAGGGCUCCUGCAGCCUGCCUGAAUUUCAACUGCCUGCUGAUCCUGCUGCCAGUGUGUCGAAAUCUCCUCUCCUUCCUCAGGGGUUCCAGCGCGUGUUGCUCAACAAGAAUUCGAAGACAAUUGGACAGAAACCUCACUUUUCAUAAAAUGGUGGCAUGGAUGAUAGCACUUCAUACUGUGAUUCACACCAUUGCACAUCUGUUCAACGUGGAAUGGUGUGUGAAUGCCAGAGUCAACAAUUCUGAUCCAUAUUCAAUAGCACUCUCUGACAUUGGAGACAAAGAAAAUGAGACUUAUCUCAAUUUUGUUAGAGAAAGAAUCAAGAAUCCUGCAGGGGGCCUGUAUGUGGCCGUGACUCGGUUGGCUGGCAUCACGGGAAUUGUUAUCACACUGUGUCUCAUAUUAAUUAUCACAUCCUCCACCAAAACCAUCCGGAGGUCUUACUUUGAAGUGUUCUGGUACACACACCAUCUCUUUGUGAUCUUCUUCAUCGGCCUUGCCAUCCAUGGAGCUGAACGAAUUGUACGUAAGCAGACUAACCAUAGUAUGGAAAAGCACAAUAUAAAAUUCUGUGAAGACAAAAUCUUAGAUUGGGGAAAAAUAAAGAAUUGUCCAAUACCAGAGUUCUCUGGAAACCCUCCUAUGACUUGGAAAUGGAUAGUGGGCCCCAUGUUCCUGUAUGUCUGUGAGAGGUUGGUCCGGUUUUGGCGAUCUCAACAGAAAGUGGUCAUCACCAAGGUGGUCACUCACCCUUUUAAAACUAUUGAGCUGCAGAUGAAGAAGAAGGGAUUCAAGAUGGAGGUGGGACAGUACAUUUUUGUCAAGUGCCCCCAGGUUUCCAAGCUGGAGUGGCAUCCUUUCACACUGACCUCCGCCCCUGAAGAAGACUUCUUUAGUAUCCAUAUCCGCAUCGUGGGAGACUGGACAGAAGGACUAUUCAAUGCCUGUGGCUGUGAUAAGCAAGAGUUUCAAGAGGCCUGGAAACUACCAAAGAUAGCAGUUGAUGGUCCCUUUGGUACAGCCAGUGAAGAUGUGUUCAGCUAUGAGGUGGUGAUGCUGGUGGGAGCAGGGAUUGGGGUCACGCCUUUUGCCUCCAUUCUCAAGUCUGUCUGGUACAAAUACUGCAAUAAUGCUACUAAUCUGAAGCUCAAAAAGAUUUAUUUCUACUGGCUGUGCCGGGACACACAUGCCUUUGAGUGGUUUGCAGACCUGCUACAGCUUCUGGAGACCCAGAUGCAAGAGAGGAACAAUGCUGACUUCCUCAGCUACAACAUCCACCUCACUGGCUGGGAUGAGUCUCAGGCCAAUCACUUUGCUGUGCACCAUGAUGAGGAAAAAGAUGUGAUCACCGGCCUAAAACAAAAGACUUUGUACGGGCGGCCUAACUGGGAUAAUGAGUUCAAGACAAUUGCGAGUCAACACCCUAACACCAGAAUAGGAGUUUUUCUCUGUGGUCCUGAAGCCUUGGCCAAAACCCUCAGUAAACAGAGCAUCUCCAACUCUGAGUCUGGCCCUCGUGGAGUGCACUUCGUUUUCAACAAGGAAAACUUCUAACUCAGAACCUCCAAGAAAAAAAAAAUAUGGAUGAUACUGCGAAAUUCCCAAAUACUGAUGGAUGAUUGUAUGAGUCCCUUCCUCUGAAGAAAGGAGGAGAAAGGGAAAGUAUAAUGUCCUGGUUCUCCAAAAGGAAAGCCACAGAUUGUUUGUUAGUGAUAGAUUACAUUUGAAUAGAACUUUAUGGUUUUCAGAGUACUUUUACAAUCAUUACUUUUUUUGUUAUUUCAUUUUCCCCUCUGCAAUGCCAGAAGAAUGUAGGGCAAGGAUUUGCUAGGACUCAUUUUAGGAUAAACAAUAGGGGCUCAAAAAGGUUCAAAACCUUUAAGAUUACAAAGCUGAAAUCAGAUCUAAGCCAUUUGACUCCAACUUCGGUAGCCUUUUUCACAAUACCAGGCUGCCUAAGAAACCAGUUUUUAUAUUCCACCCAAAGGAAGCAAAAAGGAGUAGCUCCUCACUUUCCUUUUUUAUGUCAUCUUUAACAUUAGCAUCAUGCUGAAGAAGAUUUUCCUUUGUUAGGAAAAAACAUGCUGAUAGUCACUUAAUACUUGCUAGUGAUAGUACUGACACAGUACUUAGUAUAUUACAGUUUGCCAACACAGCAGCCUAACAAAGUCAGAGAUUCUCCCUUCUUAGGAAUACCAAUUGAAAUUAGUGUAGCGCUCUGCAUUUAGCAUGGUAGUUGGGAGAGUGAAUCUUCAAAGUCAGUUUGAGGAAUGAAUGAAUGAAUGAAUGAACAAAUGAAUGAGAAUAUUUGAACUAUACCCUGUCAGAGUGGAAUUAAUUUAAGGCCUUAAACAAAAUUACCCAAGGAAAUACCCUUUGUUACUCUUAUACACCACAGGAUACUGAUUCCUUUGAGGGUAGAAAGUAGGAUAUGAAACAGUAGAAUGACCUGGAGGGUUCAUCCCAUUCUUAUUUAGAGGAAGGAGGAAUGAAGACAGAGACUUGACAUCCUGCCAUACUGUUGAGUGACUCCUCUCAUUCUAGUGCCUAUGCUGGGAAAGAAGAACAUAUUUAUUUACUGCCAGAAAUGGUCUGAUCCAGCCAAACCUUUGAAUUUUAAACUUUAAAAUUCUAGCAACUAUGUGUCCAACAAUAUGUGUCUCGCUGAGUCCAUUCCUUCUUUUAAUUAAAUGCCCACACAAUGGAUCUUAUGUGCGUAGAUAAUAGCUUAUUUUUAUCAUUGCAUCUUUCCCAACACCAUUACUACCAUCAUCUUCUUCUUGGAAUAUAAAACCUAGAAACUAAAAUGCUCAAAUAAUGGGGUAGAUAGUGAAAUCAGAUCCAGUAGAAUUCUUUGAAUAUCUGUAAGUGAAAGAGUCUAAAUCAUUGCUCGUUCAGCCACAAGUUCUUCUUUUAAAGAGCUGCUCCCAUUUCUGGAAACUAAAAACACUUUUAUUCGCCACACCCCCUAGGGAUAUAAAUGUUUAGAAGCAUUCAGCUUUGGUAACGAGCAAGAAAGAGAGCAGAGUGGAGGGCAGAAGCCUUGCCAGAGAAAACAGGAAGGGAGGUGGGGAAGACAACAGGAGAGCGAGAAAAAGCAAAACACUCAAAAGGGCAAAAGCAGAGGAAGAGAGGCCCAUGGUGAUCACCUUUAACCCUGGAUUUUUCUGUUUUUGUAUGUGUUCCAUGUAAAUGAAGGAGGUAUACACAGACUCAUCUUGUUUUUACCUCACAUAGUACUAAAUAUUUUAAAUUCUGGUCACAAAUGUUGAUGUUGACUGGGCAUACUGAAGGGACUGAGAUGAGUGAACUCAGACAUUCCCUAUAUAUUACUGUCUUUCUUCUCCUGGGAUCCUCAGAGCACUGAGGGCUGUUCCUGACAAAUAAGACCUUCCUUCCUAGAUGCAUACAUGUCACCUCUCAGAAAUCUAUAGGAACAAUUGCUCUUGGAGAAGGUCCAGCCUCUUCAUGUUGCACACUAAGUAUUAGUUCAUUCAUCCAACAUUCAUUGAUUGUUCCAUUAACAUGAUUCAGAUAGUAUGUGUAGUAGCUUUAUUUUGAAACAGAAUCUCCCUGUAGUCCUAGCUGCCCUGGAAUUCACUAUAUAUACCAGGAUGGCUUUGAUCUCACAAACACCUGCCUGCCUUUGCCUCUGGAGGGCUGGGACUAAAGGUGUGGCCUACGAAGUCUGGCCUUUGUGUAGUUUUAACUCUUUGCACCAAAGUAUGAGCUGCAGGGUGCAGGGAGCCCUCAGGUAUGUGGAGCCUGAACAUGCUGGCCCCUCCUAACAUAGGUGGCAUUAAGAAAAGGCAGCUCUGUUGCUCCAAGAAUGAUUCUCCAAGGUUUUCUACAUCAGUAUACCAAUAUAGUCACCAAAAAUAGAGUUCUACUCUGUGUUAUUCUGGAUAUGAGGUGGAAAAUGUGAGUAACCACGUUUGCCGCUUAAGAGCUUCCUUCUUUUUUUCCUCCCAAGCCCCAGCCCCCAACUAUCAGCUGCCAGCUGCCAGAGCAGCUCUUUUAGCAUUUAGUAUUUAGAAUUUGCUUUUAAUAUGAAGGCUAAAAAUAUUUUUCUAUGGUCUGCUUUUGCAAUACUGUGUUUAUGAAAUUUGAAUACUUGCAGCCAUUAUGUAUGAAUAGUUUUGGGGAGAAGAUGAUCUGAUGAUAACUUUUAGAACAAACUAUUAAAAUUGUGCUUAAAAAUAAAAUCAGUGAGCUCU